CAAAACACACACACACAGGAUGGGUGUUGGAGAAGUAAUGAAGAAGGUGAAACCAUACUUGGCUAUGGUGUUUUUACAGUUUGGUUUUGCCGGCUUGUAUAUUGUCUCUGUUUUAUCACUUAAGCGUGGUAUGAGUCAUUAUGUGCUCGUCGUCUACCGGAAUGGUAUCGCCGCCGUGGUUAUGGCUCCUUUCGCUCUCUGGUUUGAACGGAAGGUGAGACCCAAGAUGACAGCAUCUUGCUUCGCAAAGAUAUUGCUUCUAGGACUACUAGAACCUGUUUUUGACCAAAACUUUUACUACAUGGGAACCAAGGCUACCUCCGCCAGCUUCUCCGCCGCCCUUUAUAAUGUACUUCCAGCGAUGACCUUCGUUCUCGCUGUUAUACUCAGGAUGGAGAAAAUUAAAAUAAAGAGUUUACGGAGCCAAGCAAAAAUUUGCGGUACAAUUAUAACAGUUAUUGGUGCACUAGUUAUGAUAAUAUAUAAAGGUGCAAUUGUGCAUAUGAUGUGGACAAAAGGCCAUGACCAAGAGGAUACAUCUUCAAGUAGCAAUGCUCAUUUUCUUCUCGGCACAUUCAUGUUGCUCUUUAGUUGUUUUUGUUGGGCGGCUUUCUUCAUACUACAAUCACAUACACUGAAAUCAUAUCCGGCAGAACUCUCAUUGGCAACAUUGAUAUGUUUCUUUGGUAUGAUUGAAAGCGGUGCAGUUGCACUAGUGAUGGAGAGAAACACUAAGGCUUGGAAAGUUGGGUGGAAUGAUGGUCUUUUUACUGCUGUUUACUCGGGGAUUGUAUGUUCUGGAGUUGCUUAUUAUGUGCAAGGGAUAGUGAUGAAGGAGAGAGGUCCUGUUUUUGUGACUGCCUUCAAUCCACUAGUCAUGAUCAUAGUGGCUGUUCUUGGCUCCUUCAUUCUUUCAGAAAAUAUCACAGUGGGAAGGAUUAUUGGUGCAGUGAUUAUUGUGAUUGGUCUUUAUAUGCUGAUAUGGGGUAAGGCAAAAGAUCAAGAAGGUGAAAACUCAGAGGAGAAGAAAGGCAGUAAAUCCAUGGAGUUACCAAAGAGUGUGAUUAAUGGUGAUCAACAUGAGAUUAAUGGAAAGGAGUAUUACACAGUUGUGGAGAUUCAGCAGACCAAGAACCCUUGAUCUUCACUAUUAUUAUUAUUAUUAUUAGUAUUAUUAUUCAUUAAUUAUGAAAUAUCAUCUUAAUUAAUGAUGAAGCCAAGGCUUCUUUAAUAUGACUGAUGUAAUGCUAAGGCAUCCAUCCUUGUAAUCAAACUAUCUUGGGAAUCAAAGCAGCUAUAUAUGUGUGUAUUUUUUGUUUC